AUUUAGAACCAUUGCAAGGGAGAUGAAGAACUGGUGGUGGUUGUGACAACAGCAACAUUUAUCCUUAACUUUUUAUGUAACAAAACAACACUAAUUCCUUUCCUCAACUUUGCACAACACUUUCAUGGAACAUAGAAUAAAAUUAUGGGUCUCUGUUUUGGUUUUAGACUAAACACAAAACUCAGAUAUAGUACUGUCCCUCUUCACCACUCUUCUCCUUUCUUCUCCAAUUCACAUAUCUUCCUCUCUUCUUCAUCUUCUGCUGGAGGCAGGGAAACUUUAUUCAACCCCGUGAGGUUGUCUUUGCUUUCAACAGUUUAUGAGGAAGGAGAAACUUUGCAGAAAGAUUUUCGAAAGACAUUUGCAUUUUCAUCAGCAUUGGAAGCACCGGAAAAAGAUUUAUUGCAAGGAGGAGAACUAACAAAGGUAAAUAAAGGAAAGAGGUCGCUUAGCAGUGUGCAUGAAAUGAUAGAUAACUCGCAUUUACCUUUUGAGGAGUCACAUUUCGGUUUGUUAAUGGAGAACCUUGGUGUUUUAGAAGAAACUUUUGCUGAUUCUGAAGCAUUGAGGUUGGAAAAGAAUAUUAUAUUGCAACUAGAAAAGCUUGGAGCUCUUGAGUUGUUCAAUGUUUGUCUAACAACAUCUUUCGGAACCUCAUGCAUAUCGAACUGUACUCACAAAGUUCUUGAACAAGUUGAAGAGAAUAAGAGAAACCACAAAGUAGAUGACUAUACAGGUAAAGUUAUUGUCCAUUCCAGCAAAAGAAAGGAAAAUAGAAGAAGAAAGAGAGGAUCCGUUUCCAUAGCACCUUCCUCUCGGUCCUUGCCUUUAGACGAUAAUCAAGAAGAUCCAUUACGUUCUUCACCGGCUUCUUUUGUAAAAAGAGCAUCAAAUACUAAAAAUAAAAGAGCGGUGAUUGCUCAAAGGGAGGUGGAAAUGUCAAAAGGUGUAAAGGUUCUAGCAGAAUUAGAGAAAAUUAGAACAGCUAUAGAAGAGGAUACAAAGCAAGUGGUAAGCUUGAGUAGCUGGGCAGAAACAUCUGGAGUUGAUGAGAAGGUGCUACAACAGCAACUGUAUCAUGGCUAUUAUUGUAGAGAUGAGUUGAUACGGAGUACUCGUUCCUUAGUUCUAUACUUUGCUAGAAAAUACAGGGGUAUGGGAAUAGCUUUGGAAGAUUUGCUUCAGGUAGGAUAUAUUGGUGUUCUCCAAGGAGCAGAGCGAUUUGACAGUACAAAAGGAUACCGAUUCUCAACCUAUGUGCAGUACUGGAUAAGGAAAUCAAUGUCAAGAAUGGUGGCGAAAUAUGCUCGAGGAAUCACUGUUCCUUGGUCGAUGAACAAGGCAAUAAGUCAGAUCCAGAAAGCACGGAAGGUCUUGAAAAAUACGACCAUGAAAUAUCCCAAUGAUCUUGAAAUUGCUAAGAUGACAGGUCUUUCACUGGACAAAAUCAUGUCAGCUAGCCAUUGUCUAAGAACAGUUUCUUCAAUGUAUCGUGGCAUUGAAUACAUGGGUCAUAUGCCCGAUUUGUCGAUAGAGAGUCCUGAAGAGACUGUCAUGAAACAACACAUUAAGAAAGAUAUACAUGAUAUCCUCCAAAGCUUGGACUCAAGGGAAAGGCAAAUAAUAAUCCUACGAUUCGGCCUUAAUGAUGAUCACCAACCCAAGUCUCUUGAAUAUAUAGGGAAGAUUUUCAAAGUUAGCAAAGAGUGGAUAAGGAAAAUAGAGAAAAAAGCUCUCACAAAAUUAAGGAAUGAAACAAACAUCUCAAAGUUGAAUUAUUAUUUGGAUCUGUAGUUUAUCAUUGGUUUUUUUGAUAAGCUUCAGUGACAUCUAUUUUCAUCUGUAUAUGAGGAUUAUGAGGGAUGUGUACAAACUCUUAGUCCAAAGUUUAUUGAAUGAACUGUGUAUGAAAUAAAGUUUUUUUUUUUUUUUU